AAAGAGGCGAGGAGGUGAGGUCUGCUCUGUUUACAGCUCGGGGGCAUUCUUUAGUUUUAUGGGAGAUUUGUUUUUGGCGACGUGCUCGACUUGAGCUGGCAGGCUUAGGAGGUCGGCCGAGACUUUGUGCGAGUUGUGUUCCUCCUCAUGGUUCGCCCUUCCGGUGUGGAAUCUUUUGAUAAAGGUAAGGUGGGACUCGGCGGAGCUUGUUCGGGAAAAGGUUGCGUUUUUGGGGUUGGGCAUUCGCUGCGGAAUGCAGUGCUCGUUUUGGACUGUGGAGCUUGGCGCUUUGGGAUCGGGAACGCUCUCGGUCGGUCCUUGUGUCGGGCAAAUUUUGAGAAAGGUGGGAUCUUUCAACUCUUGUGCAGAGAAAGUCGUGAGUUCUGGAUGGAUUUGCUUGUGGCUAUGUGCUAAAUUUACUACUGGGGUUUUGGCAUUGCAAUCUUGGAGUUCGAUGGGUAUCGAUCAGUGCGUUCGAUGGCAUUGCAAUCUUGGAGCAUGUUAAUGUAAGGGGAGGAGCUCAAACUAGUCUGACGCUCUCCUCCUCCUCCUCCUCCUCUUCCGGCGGCGGAAAGAAGAUUUGUUUGUCUUGAAAAAUAUAAAGGCAUGUCCUCCCCUCCACCCUCUCCGUCGGCGACACCACCUUCAACUUCCCCGCCUCCACCUACUUCCCUCUCCCCGCCUCCCCCCUCCAACUCACCACCCCCUGCUCCCAAUGCCCCUCCUCCUACCCCUCCCUCUCCACCACCAGCAUCAUCACCACCGCCAACACCACCACCCCCUGCGGAUGUUCCUCCUCCACCUGUUGUCACUUCUCCGCCGCCACCGGACCCCCCACCACCAUCUGUUUCUCCUCCACCGCCGGCAUUGUCUCCUCCACCGGCUUCAACUCCGCCUCCACCACCUUCUGCCUCCCCUCCUCCUCCUCCACCACCAUCUGCUACACCACCGCCCACUAACUCACCACCGCCUCCACCAUCUGCUACACCACCGCCCACUAACUCACCACCGCCUCCACCAUCGGCUACACCGCCGCCUACUAUUUCUCCCCCGCCGCCUGGCAGCCAAUCACCUCCUGCCCCUGCUCCCAGUAAUUCUACGGGCGGUACACCUCCUGCUCCACCCAAACCCCCUUCUCCUCCUUCACCCUCUCCCUCUGCCUCACAUCGAGCUCCAGCUGAUCCGAUCAGCCCAAGUUCCAACGGGUCGGGAAUUCCUACUUCAGAUGUGGGACAGAAGAGUGGCCAAUCCUCAGGAGAUGGCGGCAUGAAGGCUGGACCUGCUGUAGCUGUUGCUCUGGUAACUGCUGUUGUGUUACUUGGCCUGCUAGGAGCCAUCACGUGGAUCGUAAGGAGAAAGCGAAGGAAGCCACCUGCUAACUAUGAAUCAGGCUUUGCCAUGUCUUCACCAUACCAGUCCUCAGUAAUGUCAGAGUCGUCCCACCAGAGGUCUCCAUCGGCUCCUCUUGUACACCACCACAACCACCACAAGUCUGGAAGUCUGGCAUCUGAGUCGAUGGUAGCCAGCACGAUAGGUAGCGCAACGUCGUGGUUUUCCUACGAAGAGCUGUACGAGAUAACCAAUGGCUUCUCACCUCAGAAUAUUUUGGGGGAAGGAGGAUUUGGUUGUGUCUACAAAGGAUGCUUAUCCGACGGAAGAGAAGUGGCUGUGAAGCAAUUGAAGGUGGGCAGUGGCCAGGGAGAGCGCGAAUUCAAAGCCGAAGUUGAGAUCAUCAGCCGUGUCCACCAUCGCCAUUUGGUCUCGCUCGUUGGAUACUGCAUCUCGGACAACCAAAGACUGCUCGUGUAUGACUACGUCCCCAAUGGAACACUCGAAUCUCAUCUUCACGGGAAAGGAGGGCCGGCCAUGGAUUGGGCAACGAGGGUUAAAGUCGCAGCUGGUUCAGCUCGUGGCAUAGCUUACCUGCAUGAGGAUUGUCAUCCGAGGAUUAUUCACAGAGAUAUAAAGACUUCGAACAUUCUAUUGGACAACAAGUUUGAAGCUCAGGUUUCUGACUUCGGGCUUGCAAGGUUGGCCAUGGAUGCCUGCACACAUGUGACCACACGUGUAAUGGGGACUUUUGGAUAUUUAGCCCCAGAAUAUGCAUCCAGUGGCAAGCUGACCGAGAGAUCUGACGUGUUUUCCUUUGGAGUCGUGCUUCUGGAACUCAUCACCGGAAGAAAGCCUGUUGAUGGCACUCGUCCUUUGGGCGAUGAAAGCCUCGUUGAGUGGGCUCGACCAUUGCUAGCCCAUGCCAUCGAAACUGGAGAGUUUGGAGAACUACCCGAUUCGAGGCUGGAAGAUGCCUACGACGACACCGAAAUGUUUCGGAUGAUCGAAGCAGCUGCUGCAUGUACCCGUCACUCCGCAGCAAUGAGGCCUCGAAUGGGAAAGGUGGUCAGAGUUCUCGAUAGUUUGAGCGACGUUGACCUCCACAACGGUGUCAAACCGGGUCAAAGCGAGGUGUUCAACGUGGGACAGACGGCAGAUAUCAGAUUGUUUCAGCGGUUGGCAUUUGGGAGCCAAGAAUUCAGUUCGGAGUAUAGCCAGUCCAAUUGGAGUCGUCAAUCAGAACUGUGAUCCAAUUGGACCCCAAGAACAGCAGUUGACUUUUGGUCAAACUUAUAUUUGUACCCAUUAAAUUCAAACAGGAUCGGAUCCAAAUUUUCAUUUA